AAAAGUUUCAAGGUCAAGAAAAGUGAUCGCGCGAAAAGUGAUCGCGCGAAAAGUUUUCGCGAAUUUCAAUUAAAUACGUUUAAAUGAAGUUGUUUUAAAAACAAGCGCGCUAUAUAGUGCCUUAGAAAGGUUUUCUACAAUUUAUUCGUAACAUUAUGAAUACGAUUUCAUAGUAUGGAGAGUGAUCGCGCUUAAAAGUGAGCCCGUAAUAUGARCUUGUUCUGAAAUAUGCAGUUUCCUGAAGUCGAACUAAAUUUUUGUAUGCAAAUUUGCUAAAACUUUGUAUAAUAAAAGUUUUCUAGAUUUUCAAAAGUGAUCGUGCAAACGUUUUUCGCGAAUUUCAAUAGAAUGCGAAUCCUGCUGGUUCUAAAUAGUUUCGCAUGAAGUCAGCUUGAACUUUUGUAUGGAAAUUUGCUAAUAUUUUUGGUAAUAACGAAAGUUUUCGCGAUUUACAAAAGUGAUCGUGCGAACAGUUUACGCGAAUUUCAAUAGUAUAUGAUAGCUAACGUGUUUCUUGAAGCCGAACUGAAAUUUUGUAUGCAAAUUUGCUAAUAUUUUUAGUAAUAACCAAAAGUUUUCGCGAUUUACAAAAGUGAUCGUGCAAAAGUUUUUCGCGAAUUUCAAUAGAAUACAUUUAAAUGAAUAUCCAACUGGUAUUGUCGCUUGAAGUUAGCUUGAACUUUUGUAUGACAAUUUGCUAAUAUUUUUAGUAAUAACAAAAAUUUUCGCGUUAAACAAGAGUAAUGGUGCAAAAGUUUUUUCCACGUAGUUCGUUACAAUUCGUUUAAAUGCAGUUGUUUUAGAUGCAAGCGGUUCAUUUAAACUGCAAAUAUCAGUUAAAUAUAACUAUUCGAUUACGCACAAAUGCGUCACAUUAACUUGAAGAGUGAUCUGAGGAUCAAUACGCCCACACAAACGCAUAGUUACAAUGAAGAAACAAACAGAGCGUCACGCUAUUGUCGCCCCCAAGUGAUCACACUCGCCUCGAAGGCCAUGGCCAAUAGCGCGGCCGCCGCUUUCGCCAGCCAUCAGCUGAACCAGCAGCAGCCAACGCCGCAACAGUCACCGUACACAACACAUCAACAGCAGUCGCAACGUCUGCCCACCACCGUCACUGCUGGCUACGGCAAAGGCCAUGACGGACGCGCCAUUGUCGGCUUGCCGCGCACACUCUCCGCACCCAUCAUCAAUUUGCAGCCGAAAUCUUGCCUCAGCCGCAAAACCUGCCUACACCGUUUGCAAGCGAGCUACAGCAGCAACAGCAGCAGCGAUAGUCGCGACAGCGACGAAGCGGGCGCGGCGGCGGAAUGCGCGAAUUGCAAAUGCAAUGGACAAAGCCGUUGUGCCAAGCGUGUAAUUUUCGCUGACGAUGAGGGUCAACCGCUAACGGAGGUGCGUGUUAUGUCCGAACCCUCCAAUGUGCCGCCAUUGUGGAGCACCAAAUUCUUGGAACAAAUUACACAGGGUCUCGUUAGUCCACACCCGGCCGAUCAAUGGACCGUCGACUUUAAACAACCAGCAUCCGAUUACUUAACAUUUAGAGAAAAAAUCGAUCGUGACUUUGUCUCACUCGAAAAUGUGAUUGUCAAGGAUGAAGAGUCCAUUGUUGUCGGCACGGUGAAAGUGAAGAACAUCUCCUUCGAAAAGGAAGUCGUUGUACGCGUCACCUGGGACGACUGGAAGAAUCAGCAGGACAUAUUCUGCACCUUCGCUAGGGCUUAUGGUCCCGCUACCUAUGCGCACGUCGUCUUCGAUACGUUCUCAUUCAAGAUCACAUUGCCGCCAUCCUCAAAGCGUCUGGAAUUCUGCAUUUGCUAUCGUGGCAAUAACCAAGAAUACUGGGAUAACAAUGGGGGUAAGAACUAUACUAUUACAAAGCGUUCGCCCUUCUACUACAACGCACUCUCGCCAUAUGACAAGAAUACAUCGCGCAAUAGCUGCCGCGGCCAUGUGAUGUCCGCGCUCUCGGAAGCACUGAGCAAUACGAAAGAGCAUCAAGCACAAAACAAUUGGAGUCAGGAGUCGGGCCCCUACUGGCAACAAAAACAGAACGAGGAGAAAUAUUGGUGAUGGUGAUUAUACUAAAUAAGGAUGCGAGUCGUACGCUCCGCGCUAAGGAGCACUCAGCGGCUAACGUCGAAAACAGCGCAAACAACCCUGCGGUAGAACAAAGAAUCUUAAAUAAAUGCCAAUGUAGAACAACUAGUUUAGAUGCAGUAACAACAACAAUAACAAAAACAAGCAAUAACUAAUGUAAACACAAAGCAAAACAAAUAUAAGCAGCACAAAAGCAUGAGCGGUGCUGUUGAGCUACGAGGACGCCACUGGCGUAUGCCAAAACAACCCAAAACAACAGACGUGCGGAAAACGAAGUGCACCCGAACUCAAUAUAAGAACUGCUAAGCAACGUUUAGGCGCUACAAAAGUCAAAAACAACAACAAAAACAAUUUGAUAUAAAAGUGUUAAGGCGCUCAUGGUGAUGUCCAAGAGCUAAAAAAUAUGAAAAAUCCAUAAAAAUUUGUGAAAUUUUUUUCUAAGAUUUUCAAAAAUUAUAUAACAUAUACGGCAGGGUAGUGCGUGUAAAGUCGUUGCAAUAUUUGUGCAUCAAUUAUGGACAUUUUAAAAACUUUAACUUAAAAACAAAACAACARAAAAAGUGAUUUAGUGGCCCCUGCGUAAGAGAGCUAUCUGUGGGCCGUGAUCAUAAAGACUUGAGAGUAGAAAUAGUGAUAUUAAAACGUUGACUUAGUAUACAAAAGGAAGGAAGUAGUAAGGAAGAAAGUAGCAAGGAAGAAAGUAGUGAGAGGAGCAAAGAAAAAACUAGUAAACUUAAAAACAAUACAAACAAUAGAAAGGCGGCACGCGCCGCCAAAGCAAAGCGCAGCCAGCAGCAGUUUAGAAAGUGUUAGAGGAAGUGACAAACUUCAAUGUGCUGAGUUCGCGAACCGCGCGCCUAAGCUUGUUUGGCCAGCGCUUUAAUGCGUGGCUUAAGUGUGUUCGAGCUGGUUUCGAAUACACGGCCAGCAAGCGGCCUGUUUGACUAGCGCUACAUAAUUUUAACUAAUGUGAAAAUUACUCUAUAUAUUUGUAUACUAUUUGAGGCAGCAACAAAGUUCGUUAUAAGCUAACAUGAACUUUGUUGAUGUCUCAAGCAAAAAAGAUUCCUAUAUAUUAUUCUAUAUAAAGCGUGAUGACUUGCCAUUUACAGCCCAGAAGCUGCARCGCAUUGACGCACUAGCGGAACUAUGGCUAUGCGAGAGCGCUGCAAAGCGGCAGAAGCAACAAAAGUAAGCACAAAGCGUGUAAAGUUAGCCAGCAGUGUUUUACUUUUGUUCAUUUUGCCGGUUUUUAACGUUGCUGCGCGCAUGCGCGGAACUUUAGAGCAGCAAUAAGCGCAUAUGAGCGCAUUAACUAAAGGCUGAGACUUCAAACYAUUAUUUGUUUAUACCUUUGAAGUGCUCAAGCGCCUAAAUAAGCAAGAAAUAAAUAAAGAUAAGAGURUGGAGUUAAAAAAUUAAGAGUACGGUAACAUAGAAACUUUAUACRAACAUUUACUACCCAAAAAGCUAACGCAAACUCAAUAUUUACUAGCAGAACUGCAAAAAUAACUACAAAAAUACUGAGCGAACUGCAAAAGACAGCGCGCUUUCAGAGYUGAGUUAUGAGUUUGAGAGGUUUGAGUGGGAUUAGGGGCCACAGCAGCGUUUAGCGUUAGCUUAGGUUAAAGCAACUACUUGAAACUAUGCGCACAAGCGCUAAACAAAUCAAAUAACAAGCGUUUAUUUGCAAAAUCUGAAACUAGUAACAUAUGCUAUAACAAUAACAACAAAAUGAAAASUGAAAASUGCAAACAACAAAGCAUAAAGAUAAAARCAAAAAUUUAUAAGUACACAUACCCAAAACUUUAACAAAACUAACUACACAUACCCAAAACUAUAACUAAACUAUAAAAUACGCCUACAUAUAGCCAUAAAAAAUAUAUAUAUUAUAGUAAGUUUAGCCGUAAGUUGGAAAACAAACACUUGUUGUUGYAGUAAUGUAGUCUAGCUGUAAGCGGCAAAUAUUGUGUUAUGUGCGCGCGGAGUUUGUGAUUUUUGCACGGCGUUUUUCUUUUAUUAUAUAAACAACGCAUAAAUUCUUAA